GCGCUGUUUCUGCGUGUCUGCCACACUUCAAAGCUGCAAACCUUGACGAAAUUUAAAAGCAGCCACUGUAUCUUUCUUAGUCCUGACUAUCCCUGGUGAACAUCCUACUCUCACUCCUGUACCUCAAUUCACAGGUAGCAUGACCUUCUACGGCAUUCGAACCGUGCUCAACGUCAUCAAUGUACUUGUCGACGUCAGCGCCCUUACCGCCCUGGUCAGGACGCUGCAAAAUGGUUUCAUAAUAUCCAGAAGCGGUUGGAUCCUGGUCCGAUGCUGCUGCGAUGGGCGGGACGCCUUGGCCAUGUACCUGGGUUGCUCCAUCGUGUUGACCAUCGCAUCGGCUCUCUGUCGGACCGUCGAAAUCUACAUUAUGACGUUUACGCCGUACGACACUACCGAGUGCUGCGGGCUCAAGUGGUUUCUGCACCACAGGGGACGCUUCGACAACCCAGAGUACAGUGCGAAUACAGUGUCAAGGUACGUCGGGUUUGCCAUCAUCAACUUCCUGAUGACCGGGUUUAAGGCUGUCGUCAUGCUGCGCUUGUUCGAGCUGUACGACGACAUAAGCGAGACGGUCAGGUUGAACACGCUAGCCACCAAGGUUCGAGAUCUACUUGAUUACGACAAGCCCAGCUACUACGGAAGUCCUGCCCAAUCGAAGGAGGCGACGUCGUUGGCCAUGUAGAUGAAUGCUGGCCCGCCUGGACGAGGCGUCUGACUGCGUGCCGUCCCAUGCUCUACCUGUGAACUAUGUCUACCGUGUACGACCGCUUAGCAUUAAAUAUGUGUCCUUCA